AUGGAUGGUCCAUCACCAGCACCACCACCAACAUUGGUCAGCAACAACAAUAUCAAGGUGCUCAAACGUGAACUGGUGGUAGUGGCAGCUCCACAACCAUGUUCCACGACAACAGUGGUGGCACCAAAGUCAGCGAUACCAACGAAGGAAAACAAGAAAACUAGGACAACAUCCAAGAAGUUGGUAUUCGAUGUAGAUGACAAUAUGAUGGCGUUACUAGCUCAACACAACAAGAAGUUCUCAAAGUGCAACUAUGAGCCAAGGAAGUUCUCUGUCAAGGAAGUACGAAUGUGGGAGCAACACUCUGGAAAGACAUGGUACUCAUUGUCAAUACAAGAUAGAGAGAUGGCCAAUGAAUGGAUCAAACAAAAGAAGUUGGAAAUGGAAGAGACACAACAACAGUAA